GCUGCUACCGGGUGACACAGGCUGGCCACAAGCUCGUGCCCCAGGGUCCUGAGCCCGCUAGGCGCCAGGGCCGCGCCGGGGGAUGGACGAGGGGAAGAUGAACGAGAAUGAAUGGAGGUACCACGGCGAAGGCAAUAAGAGUCUGGUAGUGGCCCACGCGCAGCGUUGUGUGGUACUGCGUUUUCUGAAGUUUCAUCCAAAUAGGAAUAAGGCCUCAAAAGAAAUAUUUCAGCACCUACAGAACAUAGUAGACUUUAGCAAAAAUGUCAUGAAGGAGUUCUUUGGGGAGAACUAUGUUCACUCUGGGGAAGUUGUUCAGCUGCCUUUAGAUUUUGUGAAACGGCUUUGUUUAAAGAUACAGGCUGAAAGACCAGAAUCUCGCUGUGAUAAGGACCUGGACACUUUCAGUGGUUACGCUAUGUGCCUUCCUAAUUUGACCAGACUUCAGACCUACCACUUUGUGGAGCACCGACCUAUUCUGUGUGUAGAGAUUAAGCCAAAAUGUGGAUUUAUUCCUUUCUCUAGUGAUGUCACACAUGAGAUGAAGCAUAAGGUGUGUCGUUACUGCAUGCAUCAGCACCUCAAGGUAGCAACUGGAAAGUGGAAGCAAAUAAGUAAAUACUGUCCUCUUGAUCUCUACUCAGGAAAUAAACAAAGAAUGCACUUUGCCUUGAAAAGUUUGUUACAAGAGGCACAGAACAACUUAAAGAUAUUCAAGAAUGGUGAAUUAAUCUAUGGCGGCAAGGAAGCACGAGACUCGGUGGCUGACUGGAGUGAGCUUGCACACCACCUGAAGCCUUUCUUCUUCCCUUCCAAUGGCCUGGCCAGUAGGCCACACUGCACCAGGGCUGUGAUUCAGGAACUGGUGCAUGUCCUUACGCAGGUGCUGCUGAGCAGCACUGAUAAGAGCUGGCCAGGUACCUGGAGAACUGUGCCUGCCACACAGGGCCCACGAGCCUGCGAAGCCAGCUUCUUCAGCAGGCAGCUACGCUGUCAAGGAAAAAACACCCUGGAGCACUCGGGGUUACCGAAGGGCUGUCUUCUGUACAAAACCCUCCAGGUGCAGAUGUUGGACAUGUUGGACAUCGAGGGCCUCUACCCUCUGUACAGCCGGGUUGAGCAGUACCUACAGGAGUUUCCUGAGCAGAGAAAAACAUUACAAAUAGAUGGGCCUUACAAUGAAGCAUUUUAUCAGAAGUUGCUUGAUCGCUCUACUGAUGAUGAUGGGACGCUGGCUUAUGCAUUAACAAAGGUACAGCAAUACCGUGUUGCCAUGACCGCCAAGGACUGCUCUAUCAUGAUUGCCCUCUCCCCAUGUUUGCAGGAUGAAAGCCCUGGUCAAAGACCUAUCGUCCCUUCGUCGAAAUCCCGCCUUGCCUUCUCAGUGUCUGUGCUGGACCUUGACCUCAAGCCCUACGAGAGUAUUCCUCACCAGUAUACAUUGGAUGGCAAGAUCGUCAGCUACUACUCAAAGGCUAUGCGUGCCAUGGAUACUGCAGCUGCCACACCACCCAGAUUCAAGGAAAUUGAGGAUUGCACACUUCUUCUCCACAAAGUCUAA